CUCUCACCGGCCGGCGGUCCUGCUGCCCCCAGAGCUGCUUCUGUUACAAACUAUUCAGAUUCACCAUCUACAUUCUUCAAGAAUGUUAAUAUGUUGUGAUUACCCCGGAAGCGAUGAUUGAACCGCGCCCCGAGGGGACCGGACCGAGACCGGCGGGAGUCGUGCUGACCGCGGGCUGCCGAGCCGUGGUGGCCGGGCAGGAGGGAGGAUGGAGCCGCGGCUAAGGGACGGACCGCCCUCCGUGCCCUGGAUCCUGCUGCUCCCCCUGCUGCUGCUGGCGGUGUCAGCGGGCUGUCACGGUCCCUGCAAGCACCGAGCCCCGUCCCCCAGUGAGGUUAUCCAUCGUGUUUACUUGAAGCCUGAACGUCUGAGUAAGAGGAGCUCCCCUGAUGACUUGCAGCUCAAGAUAAAGAUCAUCUAUGACAAAAGUGUGGACCAGCUUCCAGCAGACAAGAGGAGGCUGGUGAAGGAUAAGCUGUUUCCCCAGGCUAUUGGCUACCUGGAAAGGGCCUUCAGUGUCAGACGCAGGGUGAGACCUAUACUGCUCAGCAGACAAUGUGCAACCAACCAGUACUUGUGGAAGAGAGAUGACCCUCACCGCUACUGCCAGGAGUCUUGUGCAGACGUUACUCGGUGUGGCCCCGUCACCGUGCCACACCACCACCUGCAGCAAUGUAAGGUGUGCAGUGAGUCUGGGAAGUCCUGCGGCCCGACGGGGCCCCCAGACGGCCCCGGGGUGGGGGGGUCGGACUUUGUGCUGUACGUCAGCGGCAUCACCACGGAGCGCUGUGGGCAGGAGAACGUCGUGGCCUACGCUGCCUACUGCCAGCUAGAGGCAGAGCUGGACAGGCCCAUUGCAGGUUAUGCCAACUUGUGUCCUACCAUGAUCUCCUCUCAGCCUCGAGAGUUUGAAGGGAUGCUGUCCACCGUCAAACAUGAGAUCAUUCAUGCUCUGGGGUUUUCAGCUGGUCUGUUCGCCUUCUACCAUGACGACGAGGGCAAACCCCUGACGCCUCGCUUCGCUAGUGGCCUGCCUGCCUUUAAUGAAAGCCUGGGUCUGUACCAGUGGAGCGACGCGGUGAUCAGAAGGGUCACCAGACUGUGGGACAUCAGGGGAGGGGUGAUGGUGCGACACCAGGUGCACAUCCUGGUCACGCCCCGCGUCGUGGAGGAGGCACGGAGACACUUUAACUGCCCCAUCCUGGAGGGGAUGGAGCUGGAGAACCAGGGAGGACCUGGAACUGAACUCAACCACUGGGAGAAGAGACUCCUGGAGAAUGAGGCCAUGACGGGCUCCCACACCCAGAACCGGGUGUUCUCCCGGCUCACGCUGGCCAUCAUGGAGGACAGCGGCUGGUACCGGGCCAACUACAGCCUGGCUCAGAGGCUGGACUGGGGCCACGGCCUCGGCUGUGACUUCGUCAUGAAGAGCUGCAAGUUCUGGAUGGAGAGGCAGCGUCAGAGGCGACACCCUGUGACCCCGUACUGCGACACGGUGCGGGCGUCACCGCUGCAGCUGAGCUGCAGACAGGACCAGCUGGCUGUGGCUGUCUGCAACCUCCAGAAAUACGCUGCGGAGCUGCCGCUGGAGUACCAGUAUUUUGAUUGGAUCCCGGACAUGGCUGCAGAUCAGCUGUCAUACUUCGGGGGCGCCAUGGAGCUUGCUGACUACUGUCCCUUCAGCCAGGAGUUCAGCUGGCACCUGAGUGGAGAAUACCAGAGAAACUCGUACUGCAGGGUGUCUGAGAACCAGCCAGACUGGUGGAGGAAUUACGGAGCAGAGCAGUACGGGCCGGACUCCGUGUGUCUGUACCAGAAGUCAGCGUUUGUGAUGGAGCAGUGCACCCGGAAGAUGACGUACCCGGACUGGGGCUCCGGCUGCUACAAGGUGGUGUGCUCCGCUCAGGGCCUGACGGUGUACGUUCAGGAUCGCUCCUUCCGGUGCGUCCACAAGGGUCAGCUGCUCAGCGUCAGCGUCCGCUUGAAGGACUGGGUUUACAACGGCGUCCUGAUGUGCCCCGCCUGCACCGACUUCUGCGACGACUGCGCUCUCCCCCACCAGCUCCCGCCUGUCAACACCUCCAGGAGCAACCCCCUCGAUCCGUGCUCCAGCUCUCCAGGUUUGGCCAUCACUCUGUGGCUCCUUCUGCUCAAUUUGCUCCCUCUAGUGGCUGGACUGCUGCUCUGCCACUGCAGCUGAUACACACACACACACAACACACACACACACACACACACACACACACACACACACACACACACACACACACACACACACACACACACACACACACACACACACACACACACACACUUGCACACUAAGGUAGCUGAACUUUCUUCUGUACUGUAAUCCUCUGAGGAUUUGGCCUGGACACUUUUCUCCUUCUAUGUUUUGUUUUGCUUUAUCUUGAAAAAGCUCUUUGUGUUUUUUAUUCCUGAUGUAUGUUUUUUUAUCCCUUCUUUCAUUCAUCGGGCAUUUGUUUGUUCUCCCAUUUUUCUUUCUUUCCCUUUCUUAAGUUCAUUUUGUGGUCAUCACACAGCUGUAACUGCAUUUCUCGGUACUGUCGGAGGUCCGUUUUCCUGAAGCUCCAUUUAGGUGCUAAUUAUGUUUACAUGCACUUCAGUAACCAGAUUACAGUCUCUUAGAAAGGAGAAUGCUGGUCACAAUAAUCAGGGAGGGUAAUUAGAGACGCCUGAUUUACCCAAGUAGACUUGAAUGCCGUGUGUGUAGGUGUCCAAAAGCAAACAAGUAAUCAGUGACACGGAUCAGCAAAUCCAUCGAUAUUGAUCAUGAUCAGUUGGGAGGAGGAGAUUGAGGAAAAAUACCUUGGUAAAUGAAGUUGUUUUCUUUAGCAGAUGUGGUAGAUUAUGCAUGAAUUUAAAAUCUUUUUGAAUAUCAUUUAGACUUAGCUGGACUGUAUUUGACUUGGUAGAUUUGAGUGUUUGCUGUGUAAAUUGUGUUAAAUUAGCAUUAUAAUACUGUAUGGUACUAAAAAAGUGAAAAAGAUCAAUAUUUCUGAGAUAUUUCUGCAGAAAGAUUUGCUACAGUCCAUGUUAUUUUAGUUGUUAAUGGUUUUUACUUUUUUGAGGAACAAAAGAACUGAUAACCCUACUGACAGCCGUUGGUGCGGCGCCUGUAACGUGAAUGUGUCUCAUGAUCAAAGGUUUAAACAGAAACUCCUGACAGUUGGAGGCGGUUUGAGAGGAAGAUGCUGAGCCUCCUGAACAAAGGGGCCCAGAUUAGGGAACGAGAGCAGACGAGGGGCAGGAAGUGUCGCUAGCUUUACUGAGAUGAUGAUAAACCGUAGUUGUAAAACAACUGACAAGGAGCAAAAGAAAAAUCCCAGAAUGUGCUGCGACCGCCUUCAAAACAUCAACAGUCCAAGAAAGCCAGUUGCUUUUCUAAGCGAAGGGUGUGUAAGUGAUGGACUAGCCGUCGCUCAUCUGAAAGCCUUUGAAGAGAGUAAAUCCAGUCUCAGCUGGUGCAGAUUAAUGAUGCAGCUCAAUAGGCUCGAGGGCAGGAGAUGAUGAGAUUCCUCCUGCACCUCCGACAGACUCUGCAGACGGACUGCUGUGUUUUCAUCCCCGUGUGAUUACGUUACAGAAAACAGUGCUCACACCUGGAUCCAAAAAACUCAAACCAGGUGUUUUGGCAUUUUUUAAAGAUGAUGAGGGUCAUCUUCUAUUCGGGUCAGUUUGGUCCCAAUGUUACGACGGAGUAUUAGGGCCAAACUAAGACAAAAAAGUACGAGAAUAAAGUCAUAAUAUAAUGAGAAUAAAGUCGUAAAAUUACGAGAAUAAAGUCAUAAUGUUGCAGGAAUAAAGUCGUAAUAGA